GUAUUUACCCCGCGGUGCUUAAAGCCGAGUAGUCGUGUCCCGUUCCGGUACGGUCUGGAGUGCCGUGCGCGCGUACGCGCUCGCCGUCGUUUCGCGUCGCGAAACAAAAACAAAAACCGGUAAGCGAGACGAAGCGGCACCGGGGACGGUCGAGGUGGUACGACGAGGAAGAGAGGAAGCGCGCGCGCGCGCGGCCGAGAGCGAUCCUUCGAGGUGGUUCGCUCGGCGAGUUCUCCGGCGGCCACGUUCCACGUCUCUCGGCGCUUCGCAUCUCUUUCCGAGCGCGUGCGAUCGAGAAGAGCUUGCGGAUCGACGCGCGGUGAAUGCGCGCGCCAUAUUCGCGCGUCGUCCGGCACGUCACCGGCUCGCGCGACGUGGAUCGACGCUCGACGAAGGAGGACGGCGUCGGCGAGUGUGAAGUUGCGUGCGCGAGUGUACGUGUCGUCGUGCACCCGCGAGGUGAUCGCGAGCCGAGCGGUGUGUAAACGACGAGUGUGCAACGGGACGCGAGUGCGCGUGGUGUCGGAGAGCGGAAACGUGCGCGCCGAGUAGCCGACAGCACGCGGAUCGUGGGAUCGUGGAAUGCACGCUGACAGUAGUCCCCAGUGCGUGUGAAGCCGAAGGGAAGAGGGUUCAACGUCCGUGUCUGUGGAUCACGCCGAAAUCAUGCCGAAUCUGACGCGGUCGGUCGGUCGGUCAGUUUGCCGUACCUCCGGUCGGGAAGGAGCAACACACGACUUCCGGUGCUACAUUCGUAGGCGAGGGAUAUGAGAUAGAGACGGGAAAAGGGUUCACACAGUUCGUCGGUGCCGAUCGUCCCGGACGACGGGACGAGGAAUCGUGUCGAGAGUUCUGUUGCUGAUUGUGAAUAUAAUUUUAUUAAAACGGAGAUGAUGCCGAGCAGGAAUCUGAACAAGGUUCUGUGAUGCUUGAGAAAAUCCUAGAUGAAAAGUUACUGAUGAAUUUGGGGAGCGUACGACGAGAGAAGACACACACUAUCGAGCAGCUAGUGCGUUAACGUUAAUUAGCUUCAUUUUUGUCAUUCCGAGCGCACGGGGCUGGAAUUUCAAAACUGAACUUGGUACAGUAAAGCGCGAGUGAAAUUUAUUGGAAGAAGACGUAAAAGUGUUUGCACUUAAAUGUAUUUGUAGUAUAAUAUAUUUAAUUAUAUCAUAUUUUUGCUAGAGAACAAUAUGGAUAAUUGUAAAGAAAAAAAAAAGGAAAAGUGGAUAAAACGUGAAAAUGAAAAGAGGCGAAGGUGGAAGAUUGCUUUCGGUGAAAGGGGGAAGAUAUGAUGAUCAUAGUGAUGCGCUUAAAGAAAUACGAAAGAGACUGCGCCAGUCUUGUAAAAAGGACAAUCCCGACAGUUCCGCGAAACGUUAAGAAAAAAAUAGUUAUUGCGAUUUGAAAUUAGGGAGGUUGCGUACCGAUGAGCGGCAACGAUUCGAGCGCGACGGCGACGCUGACGCCGACGAGCGUCGCCGUCAUCCCCGCGGUCAUCUCCGCCACGGAAGAGGAGGAGGAGGAGGACCCGGCGACCUUGACCCUGGACUGCGUCGAGUCCGCCGCCGACAUGGACCUGGUGAACGGACCGAAUCCCUGGCUUCCGGCCUACGGCUUCCAGCUGCAGCAUCACUCCCAGUUCCAGCCGACGCACUUGGAGGAUUUACGGGCUAAUGAUACGGUGCUAGUGCAACAAAUCGAUUUUCUGGAGACGAUUCUGGAGGAGACGUCCGAUGAUCUUCAGAGCGAUUCCGAUCGUAGCGGCACAACGUACUGGCUGGGGUCCGAUUCGGAGACCGAGAGUGUGAUUCAUAUCAAGACGAAGCAGAGAUCGGCAGACGAACGACUGGAUGGCAGCGGUAGCGAGUGCAACUCGGUGGUGCCGAAGAAGCGGCGCCGUCGCGACCACGGCACCGAUCAUCAUCACCAUCACCAUCAUCAUCAUCAGCAAGUGACAGUUUACGACGAGUAUCCGGCGUCGCCAAGGUCCUCCAGGUCUACCGCCUCUUCUAGAUCGAGCUCGCUGCUGCAGUUCGAAUCCUUGGAGAGGACCUGCGCUACCCUGUCACCUUCGAGCUACAGCUUCGACUCCCUGGAGUAUUCGAACCGGUCGAAUACCUCUCACCCGGAGAAUGAUUCGCCCGAUAGCUUGGAACAGGACUACGAUAGGCUGCUACCGAACGGUUUCGCCAGCACAUUGGCGGACCAUUUUCCGAGGAUCAGACCCUAUCGCAGCUUCGAAAGCCUGGACACGUGUCAGAAGGACGAGGGCUUCGGCCAAGCGUCCAUGUCGAAUGGUUUUGCGCCUCUGUACCUGAAGAGGGGUGCUGAUCUGUCGAAUAUUAGGAAAAACCAACGUCCAAGAGACUUUUGGCACGAGGACGAGGAAUAUGAAGAUGACGACGACGACGACGACGACGAGGAAGACGAAUACGAUUUCGAGGAGUACGAACGAAGUCGAACUCACACCGAUUCCCGGUUGACGACCGGUUUUGAGGAUCGGCUGCUGUACGGCGAGUCCGGCAAGUACGCGACGUCCUUGGAUUAUCGAAACACGAUCGAUCUGCGGGAGAUCGGCGUGGAGACGAAGAGAGACGCUCUUUUGGAGCUCAAGUCCGGCCAGAAGACGGCUAGGUUAAAUAUAGCCGGCGGCGGCGGUGGCGGCGGCGGCAGCGGCAGCGGCGGCGGCGCGGAACAUCAUCACCACCACCAUCAUCAUCAUCAUCAUCAUCAGCAUCCGCAACAGCAGUAUCCGCAACAGCAGCAGCAGCAGCAGCAGCAGCAGCAGCAACAGCAGCAGCAGUACCAACAACAGCAGUACGAUCAACACGAUCACCAUCACCACCACCACCGUCGUCGCCGCCAACAGCAACAUCAAGGGUGGAGCGACGAGGAGCGCUUUAAUUUUAGAUUCACGGACAAGUCGCAGAGCGCGCCCAGUCUGCUCGACGGUGGUGAGGAGUCAGUACGCAGCGGCCUAAGCUCGCCGUCUCGUCUUCGCAUCUCGAGGACGACCUCCUACGUGUCGACGUCCUCUCUCUUCGAAAAUUACACGCGGGUGGCCAGCGUGCCGGUGGACUUGAAUCUCUGCGGCGUCGUCGCUGUGUGCGACGACGAGAUGAACGGUCGCGAAAUGGCGGAGACCGCGUCCGGCGACGAGGCCGCGACCCUGAAGAGCUCGCGAGAUGAUACGAGCCUGAGCGAGAACGAUGAAACGCAAGCGGGAACAAAGGUCGUCUUGACCAGCUCGGUCAGGACGCAACCGGCUCAGGGCACGCUCAUGGACGACACUAUGGAGGCGAAACGCGAGAAGGAAAACGAAGAACGAACGAAGGUCGAACACGCGAGCGAGACGCAGCAGACGCGCGACAAGCAAGCGAAGACUACGUCAACGGUGAAGACUCAAGAUCGCUCCAAUUGCGUUUUAGACAUAGCGAUGGUGACGGAGAACGACCUCGACGAAGCUAUCAAGCAAUUUAAACGCGAGGUGGAGGAAGCGACGGCUUCCGGAGUGGCGAACGCCGCCAUUUUGGCGAUGGAGACGAUUCAACGAACGCCGUCCGGUCGAGUGAAAAGUCGAAGAGUGAAGAACAACGCCAGUUACGAGCUGGCCCAGCAACUCGAGGUGGACGAGAAAAAUUUUCAAAGGAAAUUCAAAGAUAACGACGAGGAGCGCGACGGAGCUAGCUCCCCUGGGAAGAAACGGAUGAUGAACAAUGCCAGUUACGAACUGGCACAGCAGUGUGACUACAUCAAAGCGUUACAGAGUUCAAGAUCGGCGUUCCAACGAAUGGACGCGUGCGACGAAUUGGAGGAAGGUACAUCCGGACGCUCCUCCAAGCUAAAUGUCGCCGACGUGAUGCGCCAAAUGGGCUCCGACGCGAACGUUAGCGAGAACUCCAGGCCUGGGAAGGAGCCGCAGAACGACUCGUUCUUCGGUCAGAUAAAAAAAAACUCGGAUCCAUUUUUGGCCUGUGGCGAUGUUAGGGCGAUGAGCCCCCGAUUGCUAGACGACGAGGUAGAUUAUCCCUGCUUGGAAACCAAACCCAUAGGAGCAUCCUGCUUGGAAAAUAGGGUCGUUUUGCGUGAGAAGAUCGAAUUGGAGAUGCCAAAUCAGUUAAAAAGUGUCCUCGAAAAUUCUUCGGCAGUGUCCUCCCAUCACGUCGACGAAGAAUCAUCCGACGAACGAAACGAGGGAGAGACUGGAGACGUAAAGAAGAGCUUCAUCGGUGAGUUUUAUCCGGAACGAGCGGCACAGCUUCCUCAGGCGGACGAGAGCAGGGUUCAAGAGUGGAGUAUGAACGCGGAGAGCGCGUUGUCGAAUCGGGACCACGAAGAUCGCUCUCAGAGUCCUGGCUCGAACGAUCGAGGCGCCAGCGAACGUCUGUGGAGGGUCGUGAUCGAGAAGCAAGCGACAGCGAAGAAGGAAGAGAAGGAGGAAGAGAAGAGGGACGGUAUGGAGGCGGUGGAAAAGGAGGUAGAAGAGGAGGGACACAGUGUCCGCGGUGUUGGCUCCGAGUCCCCACCCGACGAUGCGGGUUCACUCGGUGAACGUAGUAGUGGGAAGCCCGCGGUGGCCGUGGCGGCAGUUGAUACGAAUCAUCGCGGUGGUGAUCGCGACAAACGCCAAGGCGACGAGCAACAACGCGCGCCGAGCGUUAACAAGCAGGACGCGAGCGUCGUCAUAGCGGACGCGAAACUGUCGUCGUUCGUUGCCCCAAAGCGAGAGCCCGCCAAGACUCACGCGGUGUCUUCGAUCUCCUUACCGUCCUCGUCCUCCGCCGCCAUGAAGAACGAGGAAAGAAAGAAGGGCGGUCUGGGCGGCUUUCUGCAGAGGUUCUCCAGGCUGAGGUUCAGCGGUAGAACGAAAGUGCCGCGUUCGGAAGCGCAUAAGAAGAGUACCGAGUCGACGACGAGAACGCAGGAGGAGCAACAGUCGGCCACCGCCAAGAAGAAGGAGCCGGACUACAUCAUCAUACCGUUGCAUCCACCCGAGGAGGAGAGAAGACGCCAGCAGGAGGUCGUUACUCUCGAGGAGGCCGCCAGGAGGAACAAUGUGGACAUUCAGAGAAGCGUCUCUAGUGUCAGCAGCAACGGGAGGGCACCAGUGUCCAGCAAGCCGCCCCUGCCGCCGCAACCGCCGCGCGUCGCCGCUCUGGGAACGUCGACUCGAGCGUCGGCGUCGGCGUCGACGUCGACGUCGGCGUCGCGCCGACGCGCCGCCACGGACCUUGGUAACCCGGCGGCGAUCGAGAUGGCGAAGGCCCGCGCGAUGCAGGCCGCCCAGGAGCGCCCGGUCGGCCUACUGGAGACCGACCUCGACGAGGCGGUGAUCAACAACACGAGCAGCUACAACGGCACGACGUACACCGCUGGUGCAAACGCCGUCUCCGCUGCCGCCGCAGCUACCGCCACCGCCGCCGCCGCCGCUGCCGCCGCCGCCGCCGCCGCCGCCGCUGCCGCCGCCGGCGCCGGUGGUAAGAAGACCCGCAGCCUGCUCGACCUCAACCACACCUCGGCGGCGGCGCCGCGGCCGCGGCCCGAGCACGCCCUCCACGUACCCCAGUCGCCCGUCGGCGCUACGCACAGGAGCCCCCGCGACGACGUCGCGUCCGCCGCAACGUCCGCCAUCCACCAGCGGCCCCACAAGUCCAUGGAGUUCCUCCUCGACAAGGAGAACCUGCAUUUCGUCAAGCCGCCGGAGAAUGAGCUGCAGAAAGUGGGCGAGCGCGUGCCGAGCGAGCACGAGCUUAGGGUGCAACGAUCGUUGCAACGGCUCAAUGUGCCCGACUGGUACAAGAAUUCACCCGCUGCCCGCGACGGCUUCAGGUUGAAGAGGCACUCCGACGCGUCGCAGCACGGAGGCUGGCGCGCCCUCGGCUCCAAGACCACCUCCCUAUCGUCCCUCUCGUCGUCUUCCAAUCGACAGCCGACCACAGGUGUCCUUCUGAGUCCCAGUCCAACGCCCCCCGUAUUCUCGAGAUGGAGUACCAGCUUGCUGAACAGCGCCGGCAGUUCGCCCGCGAGUUCGGCCAGGUCGUCCUUCAAUCAUCGGCAGCCCUACUUGGGCUGGCGUUCUCAGGAGCGACUGGCCAACCCGCGGACACCAGCGGAACGUCUUGCUCAGGGUAUUCUUCCCCAGCUGCACGCCGCAAACAAGCAACAGCAGCAGCAGCAACAGACAACGAAUCAGCAGCUGGAGGUACGGAACUCGAUAAAGGAAGUGACCUCGGCCAUCGUGCACUACGUGCAGAGUGGCCAGGAGGUCAGCGGAGGCGGUGGCGGCCGACUCUCGCCGCGAUCUCGACCUGAAGAUUGGGACGACAGGGGCGGAGCGAGGUCUACCAGCCCCAGAGGGAGCGUGAGGCUGUGCUGGAUGGAGAGCUCGUUCGUCGGCACGCGGCCCGUGGACUCGCCGGAGACGCCUAUGAGUCUGGCGACCGACCAGGAGGCCGGCGACUGCUGCAACGCGGCCGGCACCGAGUCCUGCAGCUGCCAGGACUCGGCUGCGUCCGGCCUCUACCUGGACCUGACGCCCAGCCGGGAUGACGUUCGUCAUCAUCAUCUUCAGACAGCCUCGGCCGGCCCGUCGCCCACGUCCUCCUCUAACUAUCACCAUCACCACCAUCAGCGUCACCAGCAUCGCCAGCAACAGCAACAGCGUCAUCACCGCGGAUCGGGCCAGAGCGAUACGGACGAGGCGAUGGCGACGGCAGCUCUUCUGCGGAACAAACCGAGCCCGGGCUCCACGACCCUGGAGGACGUACUCGACUCCCUCCUGGGGCUGCCACCCGCGUCGCGUACCCCGAGUCCUGGCCCGGGAGGACCCGUCGUGACCGCCACGUCCGCCAUCCGCCAUCGCCAUACGAACGCCGCCGUCGGCCAGGCGAAAGCCGGAAAGAGCUGCAGCGACCUACACCAAGACCUCCAAGAGUCAGCUAAGAGCGUGAUGGACGUUCAUCAGGCGACCGCCGACGAUCAGCGCAACUUCUACUCUGGUGAGCUGGUGCGACGGAAGAGCGAGGGCAGCGACACGCUGCCGGUUUCGCGAGCCGCGGCUGCCGCCGCCGCAGCCGCGUCGUCGUCCUCGGCAUUGGCGCCGCGCGGUGGCGUCCAGCCUCGUCACCGCAGGGUGUCCUUCGACAACGCCCAAGACUCCACCACUAACGGCAGCUCGGCCAUGGACAAGAUGGUGCGAUGCCGUAACAACAAGUGCGGCAACUCGACCACCCUGGCGGAAGCGAGGAGGACCUAUAAGAGUUGCCACAACUGCACCUGCCUAUAUUGCUCGCGCGAGUGUCGAAGAGCUCACUGGCAACGUCAUCGCAGGACCUGCCUUCAUUCGCGUGCCGGCAGUCUCUGCCGCCAGGUACUGUCCUCGGCGAAGGAGGACCCGGCCACCCUGAAGCACAUCUCCGCCCUCGCCAGACGUGGCUACGCCGCUCACGGACGUGGCGCGGUCAAGUGCUUUUUCUCGAGCCCCGAGUUGGCCGAGCGUUUCGUCGGCAACGGCUUCGCUGACCUCGGCGAGCCCACGUACGUGCGUUGGUCGGACUUGCUCCCGGGCGAGAUGGGCGCCGAGCUUUACGCCGAGCUGAUGCGCCUCUGCAAGACGUACAAUCCGGAAGCGCGGCUGGUGCUCUACGUGGCGGUGUGCGUGGUCAGCGAGGUGCCAACUAGCGGCGCGGUCAGGUGGGAACGGCAGCUGGUAUCCAGGUGCGCCAAGAUCAGACUCGACGGGGCGCCUAAGCAACACGCCUCCUCUUCCUCGGCAUCCCCGCAAGCCAGGAGAAGACUGUCGCAACAGACACCCGCGUCUCCCUGCAACAUCACCAGAGAGAUGGAUUCACCUGAGACCCUCGUGUUGACCUCACUACCCGGUAACAACGGUCAGAACACGCCACGAAAGGCGCGAGAGAUCAGCUUCACCAAUAUUCAGCGGCAACUCAGGCUCAGGGGAGUUUCCUUGAGGAGACACUUUCCCCAGGUCUAUCGGAAACUUUGUUCCUACGUGGACGGCUCGGUGGACAAGUUCGCGCCGGUGACCAUCUAUCCCAGAGAUCAGGCGUCCGGCAAGAGCUUCAUGUGCAUCAUUAUGCUGGACGCCGAGCCUGAACGUCUUCAACUGUUGCCCACAGACUCGUCCAGGGUGAGGACAGUGGACAUCAGCGUGGAGCAAGAGUGAGAGUCCGGGUAGAAGACGAUUCGAGAAUCGGAAUAGCUCAAGACACUCAGUCGCUCAGGAUUUUCCUCAGGUUCGCGCGGGGAGAGAGUCGAAGAAACGUCGUCGCGUAUUUCUUCAGAGAAGAUGACUGAUUGCAGGUCGGCUGGUGGCAGAGCAAGAGCACGUACAGGAAGAGAAACAGUCAAGAAGACGGCAGGAGAUAGCUUAGAAUUUUUCUCAAAUUCUUGAGAAAAAGAUUGAACAUGGCUGCCGACGAAUGCCUUCGGAUGGAAGACGACUUCAUCAGCCAGUGGAGUAAACUCAUCGGAUGAUGUAAAGGUUCAAAAGAUAUCCCAAUUGCGUCGGAUAUCUUUUCUAGAUGCUUACAUUGUCUGGGAGAGUGUCUAGGUAUCAAGUAUCUAGAAGAGAAUGUUGACGGAAGUACCGUUGGAUCUAGAAGAGCUCGACAUUUGAGCUCACGGACUUGUAUGAUUUCACACUUAGACACGCAUACACAUACACAAAGACUUUUUCUAUCUUUCCUUCUAGAGAAAAAAAAAGAAAAAAAAAAGAAAAACAGGAACGCGAGGAACGAAAAGCAUUGCUCUGUUCGUACACACCCUUUUUUGCGACGCCCUAUGUAUCGCGAUCGUAUCAAGGCAAUUCUCCGUCAUUUCAGAUAUCUUCGAUUUGGUCGUCGUUACUGUAUGGAGAGGUUUAUCAAUCAUCUGGCCGGGAUGAGUUUUAUCGAAGAAUCAUUAUCGACCCUUUCAAUAUGAUUGCUCGUAAAGAAUUCAAAGGAAAUAUUCUCAAAUAUUUAUCGGUGUAGCAUGAUUUGGAUGAAACGGUUCUAAAAUUAUAUUUCUCUAGCGAUUCCCUUUUGAAGGGGUUGAAAGGAUCGGUGACGAUUCCGAGAUCCUUGGCGGAUGGAGUGGAAAGUAAUAUUUAGAGUAUGUUGUUGUCUCUUCGUUCAACUUUGCAUCGUUUAAAUUUUAUCGUAUAUAUUAUAUGUGAAGAAGUGAGAGGGGGACAUUUUUCUCAGUGGACGUAUUCGAUUGAUCGCUAUGAAGUUUCGCUUAGAUCCCGCAUUUCAUCAUGAGACAAGAUUAAAAAAUCGUGCAAUAUCGAAGAAGGGAUAUUAUGCAUUUCAAAAGAUAUAUUGCAUUUCAAUUCGUUUGCGCAAAUGUCAUUACAAUACAAUUACGACUAAGGGAAUGCCUGCCUUACUUAUCGGCAUGUAAAUAUACACACGAUUCUCGUCGUUAUCGAAUUAAUUUAACAAUGUGAAUUUAAUAAUCUCGAAGAUUCUUUUGAUAUCCGCAUUCCUUCUUAGAACGCGUGGAACAGGAAAGACGAACGCAUCACGAUGAUGCAGUCUAUCGUAGAUUUUUGCCGCAAGUAUCGUCCACCUCCAUGACAUCGUGCCAAAUGAGAAAAGCGUGAUAUAAAAGUAACAAUACGAAAAGAAAACGAACUUUCGGAACGCAGAUCACGUCGUCACUUUUUGAAUACGAUCUCAAGUUAUUCUCAUCUCGAGGAAACGCGUGCAAUUUCGGUUAAAAGAACGGGCGAGAAGAGUUCCCCCGUGGAUCAACGAAUCGCCAAUUUAUUAAUAGUAAACGUAGCUUUAGGUCGAGCUGCAUCACGAAACGACAUUACAAAAAGGCUGAUCUCUUUCUAGCGGAAACGGAGAAGGGUGAUCGACAAUGGUGCCAAUAAUAACGAGAAAAUUUACACCAUUACUUCGUAUAGCAAUAUUAUAAAAGCGUACCGAAAGAAAAAAAAAAACGAAACUUGCAACCCGAAAUUACGCGAGUGCCGCGGCGUCAUCGGGCGACGAUUAAUCAAGCAAUCGACGAUGCUUCGGUGAUCAUAAUUUAAUAGAUAAUUAAUGGGGGGAGAGGGGAGGCAAAAGAAUCGCUUACGAAGAAUCGGAGGGCGGAAGCGCGAUUUCCUACGCUAGCUGGUAGAAGUCGAUACCCGUUUUUAUCGAUGACAAAGCAAUUUUUAUCGACGACGAAACACGAUGGAAAGUAAAUGGAACCAAAAGGAGGGUGCAUCGCAGUGCCAAUAAUAAAAUGCCACGGUUAUUUCUGUAAUCGACGAGGAAUACACUCGAUUCGCGCUGUCGAGAAAUUAAUAAAAAGACGAGAACUAGGUUUCGUAUACACGAUGAUGAUGAUGAUGAUGAUAAUGAUGAUGAUGAUGAUGAUGAUGAUGAUGAUGAUGAUGAUGAUGAUGAUGAUGAUGAUGAUGAUGAUGAUGAUGAUCCCUUACCGACCGUUUGAUUUCGAUUAAUCGAAUUCUUUUGUAUUGCAUAGCCAGAGAGCAUCCGAGUUUAUUAUCAACGUUCAAUCGAUCGUUAACACUCGUUACAUUGUCAAGCUUGCGACCAAUGAUCCCUCAUUUACGUUUGUACAUAUAGCGCUAUUAAAGGGGUAUAUAUAUAUAUAUAUAUAUAUAUAGGAAAGAUAAAUUAGGGGUAUAAAGAGAGCUACAGUGGGAAGGGGUUGAUUAAAGAAAUCGAUCAAAAUUCGAAAGUAGGCGGCUUACCGGAGAUCAGUCCGUUAUAUCCUCGAUAGUUCCUUUUUCCUAUCUCUAUUACGAGAACGAUUACUGCGACUUCGUUAUACAGGCUGUAUAAUAAAGUGUAUUUCAUUCCGGACGCGCUUUGCGAUACAUCUUGUAUACAUAUAUUUAUAUAUCCAUUCCGCUCUAGAAAUAUGUAAGGAUCAGCGAGGAUACAUCGGUCGGAAAGGAAUAUACGAUUUUGUUACACUAAGGAUACAGCGUGUUCGUACAGAGAUCCAUACCUUCGUGCUUAGGAAAACUUUUUUUCUCGCGAAGGAAGAUUUCUGCAUUGGAAAGUUUAUGGAAAAAAAAAGACGAUGGACGGGUUUGCAAACUCGGAAAAACGUCAAGAAAACUGUCGAACACAUUCCCUUACUAUCAAAUAUUUAAGUUGAACCGAAGAACGUCUACUGUAGAAAUCGAUUUAGCAAUGACACGUAGAAAUUCUACGGACACUCUGUAUCGCUCCGACCGAUUCGCGAGAAAGCUAUUGCUCGACGUAUAUGACUAAUCGAGACGAAGAAGCUAAUCCGCAAGAAAGAAAAAAAAAUAAAGAAUUUAAUGACAAAAAUGAGCAAUCAGCCCGCGCAUAGUCACUCUAAAAUCUAAAGAUAUCGUUUCAGCGUCUAUUUAUCGGUGCUACCAGAAUGUGCUAUCAUUGUUUUCGCAUCUGUGUAUGUCUCGAUUUUUCAAAUAAAAUGUUAAUUUUAUUA